GGCAAAUAAAGGGAAGGAGGAGGAGUCAGCCAGCUAAUGCGAAGACAAGCAAGGCCCUCUCCCUCCCUCUCCUUCUCCCCGAUAUAUAAGGAGCCGCGUCUCCUCACACCAGCAGUUGUCUUGAAGACGUGAUCGCAUCUCCUUCAUCAUGAAAGUUCUGUCUCUGAUGUUGGUGGUGGCCCUGGCCGCUCUGCUGGGGUCAACCCGAGCCAUGCCUGACCCCGACGCCCUGGCUGACCCCAAACCCGCUGCUGACCCACAGUUUGGAUUCGGUGGGUUCGGUGGUGGAUUUGGCAGUCACGAACGCCGCAGAUUCGGGGGCGGAUUUGGUCGCGGAUUUGGUGGCGGAUUCGGUCGCGGAUUUGGUGGCGGAUUCGGUCGCGGAUUUGGUGGCCGCAGAUUUGGUAGUCACGAACGCUUUGGCCGCUUUGGUGGCGGCUUCUUUUAGAUAAUCCUGGUGUAAUAUACACACUAAGAUGCCACAAAGCCCCAAGUGCAGCGCGGGGUCACAAACUGAAGGACCAAUCAACCCAUCUCAAGAAACUAGUUCAGAGCCGUCAUCGUCUUCCUCCACUAACCAGCGCCUUCAACACAUCAACCAUCAUCUCCAACUUCCUGGAUCACCAUCAUCUUUAGCUUCCAGCAUCACCAUCAACCAUCAUCUUCAGCUUCCAGCAUCACCAUCAACCAUCAUCUUCAAUCUCCUAAAACCCAGAGCUCAUAACUUGUUCACCUCAGUACAUUAAUUAUUGGAGAGUGGUCAGCUGAUGGUCAAUCAGCUGAUGGUUCAGUCAGCUGAUGAUUCAGUCAGCUGAUGGUUCAAUCAGCUGAUGGUUCAGUCAGCUGAUUGUUCAGUCAGCUGGUGGUUCAGUCAGCUGAUGGUUCAGUCAGCUGAUGAUUCAGUCAGCUGAUUGUUCAGUCAGCUGGUGGUUCAGUCAGCUGGUGGUUCAGUCAGCUGGUGAUUCAGUCAGCUGAUGGUUCAAUCAGCUGAUGGUUCAGUCAGCUGAUUGUUCAGACAGCUGGUGGUUCAGUCAGCUGAUGAUUCAGUCAGCUGAUGGUUCAAUCAGCUGAUGGUUCAGUCAGCUGAUUGUUCAGUCAGCUGGUGGUUCAAUCAGCUGAUGGUUCAGUCAACAAAUGUGAGCAAAGCGUGUAUUUAAUAAACAUAUAUAUUACA